GCUGGUGACAGGCUGUCACCAACAAUGUAACACGCUGAUCCCCCCUCGUUUUCUUUCCAUUCUUCACACCUUCCUCCGUCUUUCCCUUCCUCCCUCUGCAACCUCCCAGCUGUUGUCUCUCUCUAGGGUGCUUUAUCUCUCUUAGGGUUUCGCACUCGUAUCGGUGGAAUCAUCGGUUCGGCGUGCGUAUUCCACGGAUCCUCCCUCUCCGACUCGUAAGCUCUAUUCUGAUUCUGAUUCCGUUCAGUCUUACUCUUGUUAUGGAAGGGACUGUAGUUUUUCUCUGUGCAUGUUGUCAGCAACGUGAAAGGAAAUAGGACGAUAAUUUUGAGCUCGAAUUCUUGCUAAGAAAUGUUCGGAUUGUACAAUGGUUAUUCCAACAAAGGAUGUCUAUCUUUGUUAUAUCGCAAUCUGCUCCUGGUGACUGAAAAUAAAGAACUAAAGAACACUAGAUUGUGGGGAAAGGUUUGACAUAAGAUUAUCAUAUGUGUUUUUUGGGGUUGAAUUUUUCUGGCAUCAAUGCUGAAAGAGAAAAGCAUGUGUGGAAUUAGUGCAUUGGGUAAUGUCCCAUUUGAAGGUACUCGGUGAUGCACUAGGUGCCUUGACAAUUUGUCUCGUUUCCCUUUUGGUCGUUCUUGGUUUGUUCUGCAUCCUGUAUUUGAUAUACUUCCACUCGUGGAUCCGUGGUCAAGCUCAUACCCAACUCGGUUAUUUCAGUGGUCCUUGGAUAGUCCGAGUCACAUUAAUACUCUUCUCGAUCUGGUGGGGCAUAGGUGAGGUUCUUCGGCUGAGUCUUUUGAGACGGGGUGGUGGGGGUUUGUUAAAUGCUCUCAACGGGAAAUUGCAGGAAACCAUUUGCAAAUGUUACAUUGUUUCGAGUCUAGGGUUUGCAGAACCAUGUUUCUUCCUCAUUGUUGUGUUCCUUCUUCGUGCAUCCCUACAGAAAUCGCUGACACUGAACCAAAAAUGGAAUGGGAAAACUGCCGUUUACGUUCUUCUCUUUUGUCUCCCAAUGUUUGUUCUUCAGAUUUUUAUCAUUUCUAUCUUACCAAAAUUUAGCCAGGUGAAAUUGCCUCACUACUUCACAAGAGCCACUUCACUACCUAAAGCAAAGGAUAGUGAUGACAUCACUCUAUGCACUUACCCUUUGCUAAGUACCAUCUGCCUCGGUCUUUUUACCGUCACUUUGACGUGCUAUUUGUUCUGGCUUGGGAGAAGGAUCCUUCACUUGGUCAUCAACAAGGGCUUGCAAAAGAGGGUUUACACUUUAGUCCUUUUGGUUUCGGGUUUCUUACCAUUGAGGGUUGUCUUUCUAGGUUUAUCCUCUUUGUGUACACCGGGAGGACUGGUCUUUGAGAUUCUUGCUUUCUUGGGGUUUCUUUCACUUUUAUGUUGUGCGGGAACGGGCAUAUGCUUGCUUGUGUACUUUCCUGUGGCCGAUUCAUUAGCCUUGAGGGAAGUGCAAAGAGAUUUUGAGGCUUUGCAUAACGACACCAUUUCUUUAAUUACUAAUCAAAGCCUUCCAGGAGGAAGCAUCCCAAAAAGGCCUGGGAGAAACUUCGAAGCGUCAGGAAAACAAGGUUCAAUUUCAUUUCGUACGUUGGAGAAGGAUGACAAUGCUUCAGGUGGGGCCUUUGUGGAAUUAAGCCUAUUCUCGUCAAGUCAGCAUUCGAGCCCUUCCAGCUCACCUCAACUUCUUGGCUGCCCAACACAAUUUUGAGGUGAAGAAAUCUGUGUGUAUAGAUAGAGUCUUUAGCUUGAUAUAAUAAGCAAUGCUCUAUUUUAGUUUCGCUUUGAAAUAUGCUACUGUAUGAUUUUAUCGCUGCCACAUAGCCCCACCUUAUUUUUCAGUGGGGUUCCUGAGCUUGUCAUUAGCUGCUAUGUUCAAGGUUUGAUUCCAAUUCAAUUCUAGUAGUCUAGCACUAAUUUUUUAUAUAGGCAAGAGAACUAUAUAAAGCCAGUAUAUGUAAUGCGUAUCGAAUGAGUGACGUCUUUCUGUAAAAAUUUGAGUCAAGUGCUUGAUAUUUAGUUCAUUUUCAUUAAAUCGUAGUGUAUAUUUUGAGACAAAAAAAGUGAAGAUUGAAA